UAUCUCAUCUGUCAAAUUAUUUCUCUUAUUUCUCACUUUCAGUCUCUUUGAACAAAAAGUGAGAGAGAGUGUGUCCAGUAAUGACACGGCGGGAAACGGAAUUUAUUUCCACCAAAUAAUUCCUCCCAGAAAAAUUACAAAAACAAUAAAACAUCAACGCACACCGUAUUUUCUCUCAUUCUUCUAUAUUUUCAUUCUCUUUCUCUCUGAAGAAAAAAACAACAAAACCCUAACGUUUCUCAAAUUUCACUUUCUUCUUCAAUGGCAUUCCCUCCACAAAUCGAAGAAAACGGUGGAGGAGGAGGUGCAGUAGAAGAAGACACCACAAUUGAUAUUCACACCACCCUCGGUGCUCCCAUUCGUUACCUUCCUCUCGAUCAUCUCUACUCCUCCACGUCACCUUGUAGUGGUUCUUCCAACGUCAUGUCUAAAAAAGUUAAAGCUCGCAAACUCAACAACAACAGCAGCAGCAUCAACGACAAUAAUAAUAAUAAUCAUAACGGUGAAGAAAUUGAUUCACCGAUUGAUAAUAAAAAAACGACGUCGUCGUCUAUGGUGGUUUAUCCUAAACCUAAACCUAAACCACCUAUUCUGUUUGUUUACUCUCGUCGGAGAAAGAGAAGUUUGUUUAAAACGACGCCGUUUUGUAAUGAGUUGCAAAAUUGUGAGAGGACGGUGUUGAAGAGGAGGAAAAUUGGGAGUACUGAGUUGGAGAGAUUAGGGGUUGAUUGGAAUGCGUUGGGGAAAUUUGAUGGACCUAGAUUGAGGGAAUGUCGUAAUCAAAUUGGGAAUUCCGGUUUUGAUGGAAGUAACAACAGUAACAAGUGUGGUUCUGUUGUCAAGAUUCACAAGUUGUUUCCUGAUUCUCGUGCUUUGAAGAGAUGGGUCAUGUUGAAUUUUGAUGAAGCUGAUCCCGAGGCUUUUAUUGGAUUGAAAUGCAAGGUUUACUGGCCCAUGGAUUUAAGAUCAUACACUGGCUGUGUCAAAGGUUACGAUAGGGAAACUAAGCUACACCAUAUCGAGUAUGAUGAUGGAGACGAGGAAGACUUAACUCUUUCAAAUGAAAAUGUAAAAUAUCAUGUUUCUCGUAACGACAUGGAACAUUUAAAAUUGAGUUAUGCCAAAGUUCGUGACAACAGCGUCUCUGAUUAUGAUGUUGAAGAGAUGCUUGCACUGGCUGCAAGUAUGAACGAUUGUCAAGAUUAUGAGCCCGGGGAUAUCAUAUGGGCCAAGCUUACAGGUUAUGCAAUGUGGCCAGCUGUUGUUCUGGAUGAAUCACUUGCUAGUAACUGUAAGGGUUUAAAAACACUACUAGGGGGAAGAUCAGUUCCUGUCCAAUUUUUUGGCACCCAUGACUUUGCAAGAGUUAGAGUGCAACAGGUAAAAUCAUUUCUCAGUGGACUUCUAUCAGAUCUACACUCGAAGUGCAAGAAACAGAGUUUUUUUGAAGGUUUAGACGAGGCAAAAAGGUAUUUAAGUGCACAGAAGCUUCCUUUGGAGAUGCUAGAAUUGCAGAAAAGAUGUACAGCCGAGGACUCUAAAAAUGUAAGUGGAGAGGAUGGAGGAUGUACAGAUUCGGGUGAAGACCAUUCAAAUGAAGGGACUUUAGCAGCACUUCAAAGCAUCGAUACUUGUCCUUAUGAAGUAGGAGAUUUGCAAAUUCUAAGCCUUGGAAAGAAAGUUGGAGACUCUGCAUCUUUUGGGGAUGGAAGAUCCAUCUGGCCUGAAGGGUACACUGCAGUGAGGAAGUUCACUUCAGUUACUGACUCUACAGUAUCUGUCCCUUAUAAGAUGGAGGUUUUGAGAGAUCCAGAAUGCAGAUUCAGACCACUAUUUAGAGUGACAGUUGAUGGUGGUGAGCAGUUCGAUGGUCAUACACCGUCUACUUGCUGGAAUCAAGUAUAUGAAAGGAUAAGGAAAUUGGAAAAGGUUGUUUCUGAAGGUUCUGUUGCUGAUGGUGUGGUAGAAAGUGGCUAUGAAUCUGGGUCUGAUAUGUUUGGUUUCUCCAAUCCUAAAGUGGCUAAACUUAUAAAGGGAUUAUCUAAAUCCAAAGUCUCUUCGAAGAACUCUGUUUGCAAGUUAGGUUCUGGUUAUAGACAGGUUCAUAUUAAUUGGUUUGAUCUUGAUAAGUGCAAUGUGUGCCAUAUGGAUGAGGAGUACGAGAACAAUCUGUUUCUGCAGUGCGACAAAUGCCGAAUGAUGGUUCAUGCUAGAUGCUAUGGAGAACUGGAACCUGUUAAUGGAAAGCUAUGGUUAUGCAACUUAUGUCGUUCGGGUGCUCCUCCCCCACCUUGUUGCUUAUGUCCACUCAUAGGUGGUGCAAUGAAACCGACAACGGAUGGCCGGUGGGCUCAUUUGGCUUGUGCCAUGUGGAUACCUGAAACUUGCUUAGCUGAUGUCAAGAGAAUGGAGCCUAUUGAUGGUUUGAGUAGAAUUAGUAGGGAUCGUUGGAGGUUGUUAUGCAGCAUAUGUGGUGUAUCUUAUGGUGCUUGCAUCCAAUGUUCAAACAGUUCUUGUCGAGUAGCGUAUCAUCCACUAUGUGCACGUGCAGCCGGUCUUUGCGUUGAGCUGGAGAAUGAGGACAGGCUCUAUCUACUUUCUGUAGAUGAUGAUGAGGAUCAGUGCAUUCGCUUGCUUUCUUUCUGCAAGAAACAUCGGCAGCCAUCUCAUGAACAUUCUGUAGCCGAUGAACGUGCUGGAGUUAUGGGUCAAUGUUCAGACUAUGAACCACCACCCAAUCCAUCUGGUUGUGCUCGAAGUGAGCCAUAUGAUUACUUUGGUAGGAGAGGCCGAAAAGAACCUGAAGCACUUGCAGCUGCAUCAUCAAAACGUUUGUUUGUGGAGAAUCAACCUUACUUAGUUGGUGGAUACUGCCAACAUGGAUUGUCGAACAACCUAGAGCCUUCUGGCAGAGGAGUCUGCUCUAAAUUCUUUUGUAGCGAACAAAGGCUGAGAACCUCUAUGGUUAAUGCUGCAGACAGUAUACUUUCCAUUGCCGAGAAGUAUAAGUACAUGAGGGAAACCUUUCGGAAACAGUUAGCAUUUGGGAAAUCCAGAAUUCAUGGAUUUGGCAUCUUUGCAAAGCAUCCAUAUAAAGGUGGAGACAUGGUGAUUGAAUACACCGGUGAACUUGUUAGACCUUCUAUAGCUGACCGGAGAGAGCGCUUUAUAUACAAUUCUUUGGUGGGUGCUGGAACAUAUAUGUUUCGGAUUGAUGAUGAACGAGUCAUUGAUGCUACUAGAGCAGGAAGCAUUGCUCAUUUAAUUAAUCAUUCCUGUGCACCAAAUUGCUAUUCAAGAGUCAUUAGUGUUAAUGGCGAUGAGCAUAUUAUAAUAUUUGCAAAGAGGGACAUUAAACAAUGGGAGGAGCUUACAUAUGAUUAUAGAUUUUUCUCAAUAGAUGAACGGCUUGCCUGUUACUGUGGCUUCCCAAAAUGUCGAGGUGUAGUAAAUGAUACCGAGGCAGAAGAGCGAGCUACUACCCUAUAUGCACCACGAAGUGAAUUAGUAGAUUGGAAGGGAGAAUGAGAUUUUUAAUCCUAAUAUUAUGCAUUCAAGAUCCUUCUGAAGAUGGACUGUUUGUCCAACAACUUUUGUCUUGGAUUCUGCCAUUUCUCCAAAAGUACAGUGUUGUACACAAGUCGUCUGAUUCUUCCCAUUAAUUCAUAACCCCAACUGAGCGGUUUAUGUUGGCUCAAGGUGGUUGGUUUCCUUGGUAUUCAGGUUAAUGGUAAUUGGAAAGACGCAGCAUUUUUUUAAUAAAUAGUUUACAUUUGAAAUUCAUUGUCACAAUUAAGGCUUCUGUUUAUCCUCAACCAACUUAACGAUAUUGUAACUUGCCAUUGGAUAAGUACAGUUGAAGUUAUAUCAAACCUUCAUGAAAUUGUGUAUAAAUUGAGAAUUUUAAUUUAUGUAAUUGCUAAUUAUGUCAA